ACUGAAACCACACAGACUGGUCAGGUUGGACUGAAAUACUCUGCAUUUCGUUUUUUUUUUUAACAAAGUGUGUUUUUGGUGGGACAUUUAUUUGUGAAAACAAAAGGGGGUCCUAGGAGAACAGGGAAACCAUCCGUGCAAGAACCGCCACUGCAUCGCAUCACACCCGCGGGAAGAAGCUGCGUGUUUGCUCCGCAGUAGCUGCCCACCCCGCACCUUCUCGCGGCACGCAGCGUGCGUGCAGGCGGCUUCUCUUUAUAUGGUGUCGCUUCCUUCCUGGAAGCUUCAGAUGCAUCAGAGGAGAGGAGAGGAGAGGAGAGCAAACCUCCCAGCUUCACCCCCAGCUGCUGCGCUGUGCGCCAAACCCGCAGCUGCCUGACCCUGUCUGCGCCCCCCGCGGCCCCACAGGCGCACUCAGUUCAAACAUGUGAAGGUAAAAAUCGUGAUUCGCUGGAUGCACUGGGAUUUUAUUCAUUUAUUUAUUUUAUUUUUUAUUUUUUACCUUCCCGUUAUCUCGUGGUUUCUCCUUUUUGCCUGCCGCCGAUCAGUUUGUGGAAUGCUCUGCAUUUUCUUCUCUGGGUACGUUUCCACUUCAGGAUGGGAACUGCGGUGUCCAAAAGGAAGAACCUGAGGAGUGACGCGAUUUCUUCCGUGGCCGCAAAAGUUCGAGCAGCCAGAGCAUUUGGAGAAUAUCUGUCCAACACAAACCCAGAGAACCGCAACGGAGCAGAUCAUCUUCUGUCUGAAACUUUCCCCGGUCAGGACUGUGACUCUCCGGACGUCGGCCGUUUGCAUAACAACAAUCUGCCGCCGCGAAGCAACACGUUGCCUAUAACUAAACCCAGUCGAUCCCACCAGCCCCAUCCCAGGACAAAUCUGCAGUCUCCCCCUCAGGUCGACACCCUCAAAGCUCAAGGACCCUCGGGCCCCUCAAAACGUAGACUCUCUGUCGAGCGAAGCCUCUCCUCAGAGGACCCACCAAGUGCCAGAGGCUCCGAGGGGAGCGCUGCUCUGAAGCCACCCAGGGUGUACACAAUAACCAGAGAAGGCGGGAUGACUCUUGGGGGCCCCGGAAGCGAGGAGACCGUAGAGUUGGAGGUACUGAAGGGCCCCAGGGAGCACCCGGGCUCCCAACCCUCCAACCCCGCCAUCUACAGCCUGUCCUGCACCAGCCAGCCAGCAGCUACAGCCGCCCGAGGCAGCCACCACCGCGGUAGCCAUCAUCGCGCUAGCCAUCACCAUGCCAACCAGCAACAGGGAGGGCCCUCAUCAUCCUCAGAACCUCUGCAGAGCUCAAGGAGUGCCAGCAACAUUGGUGACUGGGGGAUAAGGAGAGGCGGCUCCAGGGAGGAGUACAGCCCAGACUGCGUGGCCUGUAUCCGAGCCCCGUGCCAAAGCCAGAGGUCACUGGACCUGGACACCUCACCACGGGACGCAGGGAAGCCCCGCAAGAAGCUGGAGAGGGUGUACAGCGAGGACAGGACGUCCACUGACGACAAGGAGGACGGCUCUAAUAGCUGGUUCCCCAAGGAGAACAUGUUCAGCUUCCAGACAGCCACCACCACCAUGCAGGCCAUAUCGGCUUUUCGUGGCAUUGCUGAGCGAAAGAGACAGAAAAGAGAGCAGGAGACAGCCACCGUGAUGGAGAGAAAUUUCCGUAAACACCUCAGGAUGGUUGGCAGUCGCAGGGUGAAGGUCCAAACCUUCGUCGACCGCCGAGCCAAGAGCUUCAGCCGUUCAUGGAGUGAUCCCACCCCCGUCAAGCCAGAGUCUAUUCAUGACUCCAGAGACAGUGGCGAGCUUCAGACCUCCUCAGGGACUCUAGAUGAAGGGCUUGAUGAGGAUGCUGACUGGGAGGAGGAGAGGGGUCUGGAGAGGGUGGCCUGCGAAGGAGACGAUUUCAUCCCGCCAAAAAUCAUGCUCAUAUCCUCCAAGGUACCGAAGGCCGAGUAUGUUCCCAACAUCAUCCGCAGGGACGACCCCUCCAUCAUCCCUAUUCUAUAUGACCAUGAGCACGCCACCUUCGAUGACAUCCUUGAAGAGAUAGAGAAGAAGCUGACAGCCUACAGGAAGGGCUGCCGGAUCUGGAACAUGCUGAUUUUCUGCCAGGGGGGUCCGGGACAUCUCUACCUGCUGAAGAAUAAAGUGGCCACCUUCGCCAAGGUGGAGAAGGAGGAAGACAUGGUGCAGUUCUGGCGGCGCCUCAGCAGGUUGAUGAGCAAACUGAACCCGGAGCCCAACCUGAUCCACAUCAUGGGUUGUUAUGUGCUGGGAAGCGCUAAUGGAGAGAAGCUUAUCCAGACUUUGAAGAGGCUGAUGAGGCCACUGUCUGUUGAAUUCAAGUCUCCACUGGAGCUGUCAGCCCAAGGCAAAGAGAUGAUCGAGAUGUACUUCGACUUCCGCCUGUACCGCCUUUGGAAAAGCCGUCAGCACUCCAAGCUGCUGGACUACGAUGACCUCUUGUGACCUCACUGACUCAACUUCGGGCUUGUCAGCCGACUAUAGCGAGUCUGAGCCUACUGUUGCACGGUGACAGGGCGUUUGGAUCCCGGGGGGCCCCUGCCCUCUUGGUUGGCCCCGCGGGCCUCUGGCUCUGCAGCAGAGCUGGAGCAGCAGCGGCGCAGUAGGGUGUCUUUUUUGUUUUCCUCUCUAGAACCUUCAGAAAAGGCAGAAUGUGGCCUGGUAGAAACACCCAGCAGGUCAGGGUUUUUUUGAACUCUUACCUAUUUUCACUGUCUGCCUGACUCUGGGGGAUCAGAGGAGGAAGCGGACAGGAAGCGGACAGGAAGCAGGAGGAGCAGCGAACCUAAAUGUGUCAGUGAUGCUGAAAGACUGACAGCAGACAACAGAGAGAUCUCCAUGUACACUUUAGAGCAAAGCUUUUUUUUCCCCUUGCCUUGCCUCUAGUAAAACUACUCAGCUCUUUUAAGACAGAAACUUAAACUUAGAUUUAGUCGUUCUUUUUCACGUGAUAAAGCUUUUUACUAAAGGAAGCAGAGCUUAUAUGUAAAUAAGUCAUCAAAGCAUCUUAGGAAUAGGUUUUCAACCUCUCUGUCUGUGGCAUUGCAUUAAGAAACAGCUUUUAUUCAUAUAAUACAUUUAGAUUUACAAAUUGAAUAAGCUGAAGCCUGUUUUUUUUUGGAGAUAAAACUUCCAGGUAAACGUGUUAGUAUUUCGUACAGACUGUUGUAUGAACUCAGGUGAACUCUCUUAGACUUACUGUACAACUAACUGUAGAUCAGAAGUUGAAGGCCUUUUAUAAGCCACACAUCCUCAGUGGGACGUCGCGUCAUUUCUGCAGCGCAGAGACUUUUUGUUUGGCAUUCUCACCGAGUCGGCAGUAACUGAACGCGUAGAUGCACCCGCGCGUGUUUGUCUGCCUGGCGGCGGUGUGCGGUAGGCAGAACCACUGAGGCGGUUUUAGCUGCUCUUUCUUGAAAUGCUGGCGCACAGGUGCCUUUUCUUACCACCUGUGUGUGUUUUAGCUGCAUGUGUUGUGCUCAAAGCGUGUUUCCCUUGGUAGCCUGUGAAGAUCUGCAGGUAGACAACCUUCCUAUGAAGUAGGUGAUGCAUAGACUUAUUUGUAUAUUUAGUUUAUUUUCAAUAUUUUUAGUAGUUUUUCAAAUUAUUAUUAUUAUUAUUAUUAUUAUUAUUAUUAUUACUAUUUUAAGAUUUAACUAAAAUCUUACAAAGUAGCAAUGAUUAGUAAAGGCAAUACUUAGUUUCUUCCUUUUCUUGUUUUUUGAUUGAAGUGUUCUGAGCUGUUUGACAGGAACACAGUAGGAUUUAAAAGGCGCCCUCUGGUGGUUCAGUGUUGCUCCCCCAGAGUUGGAGUUUAACAUUCAUUGUAUUUCUUGGUGUCUUAUGAUGAGACUGGAGAUUUAUUGUUGUAACAUAUCUUUUGAGCAGAAAUGCCACUUUUUCUGGCAUUUUUCAAACAAAUACAUAAAAACUAAAAUGUAUAAAAUUUAAAACAUUAGCUUAUAACUUUCAUUUGAAAGCAAGCAUCAGCCAUUAUUAUUGCUGCUUCAAUGAAUCCACAUAUUCAUACAUUACUGCAGCUAUAAGGUCUGCUAUCUGUAAUUAUUUCUAGGCGUUUUAAUUUUUACUACACAGAAACUCAUGUAAAGAAUGCUAAACACUCUGGUUAAAUCAGUUGGAGAUCUGGGCAUGUCAAGGAUGAAGAUUCAAUUCAGUCUUGUUGGCUGAGAUUAAAGGUGACCCAGCAGGCUAUUUGAAAGAAUUUUGUGAUUCUUAUAAAAAUAUCUUUUUAACUCUGCCCUGCUGGUGUCUUUGCUCUAGCUCAGGGGUCUGCAACCUACGGCUCUGGAGCCACAAGUGGCUCUUUGCACUAGGGAUGCACCAAUGGUAAAGUUUGGGAUGAUACUGAUAUCUGAUAUUAAUAUCGCUGUUUUGGCUGAUAACCGAUAUUUACUGAUAUUUUACAUCUAUAUAAAUAUAUGUAUUUCACUAUCCUUUCAACACUUUGAAAGAAAUGACCACAGCGCUGACUUAACUUCAGCUUAACUCCCCACAAUCCUUCACUGCAUGACUGUCUCUGUCACAUGUCCAAAUAAAUACUACAUGAUCAGCCUCCAGAAACCAGUGGCAAAAAGAUGGAAACAAACAUGGGUUGUUAAUAUCCCAUGUUUAUAUCAGUACAGUUUUACAUAUCAGACCCAUGUCAAUAUGUAAAAGAAAUAUAUAAAAAAACAUAUAUUUUUCAUCCCUACUUUGGACCUUCCACAGUGGCUCUUAAUAACUUUGGCUAUGGCAGACUACAGUGGAGUCCCGCCUAUUAGCAGUUUAGCAUUCGCCAAUUUUUCUUUGGAAUAUAACUGCAAAUUAUUUGCAUAAAAAUUCAUAUAUUCAUGGAUUUUUUUCAUCGAGCAUAUCUGAAAUGUUCUAAAGAAAAUGCAGCUUGGGAAACCUAAAGACCUCAGCUACUUGACACGCUAUUGGCUGGAAUUUGCAAAGCAGCCAAUCCACAAGCACCAUUCACUUUUCCUUGGUCUUGAUUGGCCGAACCCCCAAGAUGGUAGAGGAGGAAGACUGUAGAUAUUAACUUUUGCGGUUGUGCUAAGAUGGUUUCUGCUGUUCAUAUUUAUGCAUAUUAAGGUAUGUCUGGUUUUUUAACUAUUAUGUUAUCCAGUUACAUUCGCGUUUAGAGGGGCAAUAAUGUAUUUGUGGUUUUUAUCUAUUCCUGGGUAGCCGUGGCCCUUAACCCACACAAAUACUGGGGGUCCAUUGUUGUGUUUUUAACUAUACUGUAGACAUAAUAACAAAUGGAGAUGUUGGCAGUUUUUCUGUUUUUUGAUUGAAAAAUGUUGAAUUUUCACAACAGAAUGAUAAAAAACAUAAUUUAUCUUCAGAUCUAAUUUUCUUGUCAUUAGGUUUCUACAAUUAUUACCACAUUGAAGAAAAUGUAUUUGUCCACUAUUCCCAAAGGAUUGUGUUUUUUUAUUAUUAUUUUAUUUAAUUUUAAAGCUCAAAAACAGAAAUAAAUAGGUGGUUCUUCAGAAAUUAGAGUUUCCUUUAGGGAGCUGUUUCGUGGUUCUCAAUUGGUUUACGUCAAUGGACUGAAGACUUUUCUCCAGACCUUAUGAGGCCUUCAGAUGUCUUUAGAACGACUCCAGAUAUUUAGAGUGUUCUGCUGCGAUUUACCCAUAGGAAGUUAUAUCAUUCAAAUAAAACUAAAUACCUCCCACUGUCAAUUUGAUCAGAAAUCAUAAUCAAUCACAUGCUGGAUUAGAACCACAAUAAGCAGAAAUAAGAUGUGACAUAAAACCUUAAAGGAAGAAAUAGUUGUAAUAAAUAGAAAGUAGUGGGAACAAACUGGUGAAGGAGUGACUCUGAAACAAAACACUUCAACAUUAUAUUUUGUUGUGAUUCUAAAUGUGUUGAAAUGUGCUUCGUGCACCGAGUAUUUACUAUUGUCAGCUGUUGUCUUUACAAAGAAACUUUUUGGAGUCAAAUAAGUAGUCGAUGUUAUGCCUGCUGUUGUUUCUGGUUUGUUUUCAGUGUUUUCAUGAUGGCACACUUACGAGGAAGUUUUUUGAAAAUUAGAAAUAAAAAGAUUGUUUUUCUAGAAAACAAAAAAAGAUGUUCAUAAGAAAACAGCCUGAUGGGAAAUAGUAUGAAAAUAUAAAAGUUUGUCUUUCUUUCAUACCGAAGCCCUUCCUGUGCCUUCCUCUGACGACUAUAUAACAUCGUGAAAAAGCAGAGAACAGCUUGAUUUCGUCCUAUGAGAGCUUUUAGUUGAUACAUAGCUGCACAACUCAUCAGAUCGGUAGCUCUAGGUGCAAAAAGUCAUCUGUGUAUUUUAUGUUUACCAAAACCACAAUAAAGAUGACAUCUUUAAAAACACA